AGGCCCUGCACAGUGGCAGGAACGCCUCGCCCGGCUCCGCGCGCGGGUUUUCCUUCCCCGCAGGCAGGCUCGGGAGCCGGGCCUCACCAGGCACACCGCUCUCCGCGCCGCCGCCGCCGGGCCCGGCCCGGCCCACCGCCCCCGGCCCAGGCGAGGCCGGGCCGCCGGAUCCCGCCGGUCCUCCCCGCCCCGCGGCGCUGCGGAGCUCCCGCCCUCGCCCCUCUCUCUUCCUCCGCCGGCAGCUGCGGCAUCCCCGGGGCGACGGGACCGGCAGCGAAGCGCCCUCCGCGCACGGCCCGGGCUGCUGCGGUCUCCGCGGUGCCCGGUCCUUGCCCGAGGCGAGCGCGGCGAAGCGGGGGCCGCUCGCCAGGCCCAGCUCCCGCAGCGCAGCCAUGCCGGCAGCCCGCGCCGGGCCGCGCCGGGCCGCUCUGCGCCCGCAGCAUCGCGGCGGCCCGUGUGCGAUGAGCCGCCCACCCUUGGGCACCUUCUCCGCCCCGCUCGCCUCCUCCUCCCACGGAGCCACCCUCCUCCUCCGCCCCCUCUCCCUGCCAGCCUCCUCCCCGCCCUUCCCCGCACUCCACGCCGGUGCCGGAGCCGCGCGUCACUCGGGCUGCAGCCCCGCCGCAGAUAUGGCGACACUGACAGCGGUCCAGCCGCUCACGCUGGACAGAGAUGUUGCAAGAGCAAUCGAGUUACUGGAGAAAUUGCAGGAAUCUGGAGAAGUACCAGUACACAAGCUACAGUCUCUAAAGAAGGUGUUGCAGAGUGAGUUUUGUACGGCUAUCAGAGAGGUGUAUCAAUACAUGCAUGAAACCAUAACAGUUAAUGGCUGCCCCGAAUUCCGAGCCAGGGCCACUGCAAAGGCGACAGUUGCUGCAUUUGCUGCAAGUGAAGGCCAUUCACACCCGCGAGUGGUGGAGCUGCCAAAGACUGAGGAAGGCCUGGGCUUUAAUGUCAUGGGAGGAAAGGAACAAAAUUCACCUAUUUAUAUUUCUCGCAUCAUUCCUGGAGGAGUGGCAGAAAGGCAUGGUGGGCUCAAACGUGGGGACCAACUGCUUUCAGUUAAUGGAGUGAGUGUGGAAGGAGAGCACCACGAGAAGGCGGUGGAGCUGCUGAAGGCAGCCAAGGACAGCGUGAAGCUGGUGGUGCGCUACACUCCCAAGGUGCUGGAGGAGAUGGAGGCUCGCUUCGAAAAGCUGAGGACAGCCCGGCGCCGGCAACAGCAGCAAUUGCUCAUUCAGCAGCAGCAACAGCAGCAAACUACACAGCAAAAUCACAUGUCGUUGUUCUCGAGAAAGAAGAAGGCUCAGUCAAGAGUUCAGUAAUCAGGCAACCAGAGUUGUACUCUCAUAUUCCAGCAAAAGAAAACAACUACAGGAACAUGAAACAGAAUUCAUCUGGAGAAUGUAUAGUACCAGACUAAAGUGAGUUGUAGGGAGGGCACCAUCGUGGUAAAGCUUUUCAGCACACAGGGGUCACAGAUACCUGUUAUUUCUGCAACUCUGUUCUUAAUGAGAACUGCAUGAUUGGUAAACCCUAUGAAACAGUGAAGUCCAGGGCUUCCAAAUAAUUCUGUUUGAUCUUAUCUUGCACUCCUUACUCUGACAAAUUUCUAGGUGGCUUUCUCUAGUCACUGAAAGUUUUGUUUAAAGAGGUUAAGAUUAGCUGCUUUUGAGAGCAGGAUCUUUCUCUACAGUAAUCUCCACAAAUAAAAAACAUCAGUUCAAAAUUUUGCCACAGACAUCAAACUUGUACAUCAUGCUUCAUAGCCACUUUGUACUAUAUCCAGUAGAGCUGAUUUAACCUAACUUCCUGUUUAUAAUUUUCAGAUUUCCCUCUGGAAAUAGCAAUUUACUAUAUUUAUAAAGUAUUCCAUUUGUAGAAGCAAUUGGCUUUUUACUCUUGGUGUUUCCAUAUAUUUUAUUAUGCAUCAACAGAGUGAGAAAGUUUUAGGUCAACUUUAAUUUUAUUAGUAGUAAAGUUAGGGAAGCCUAGAACUGUAUUUUUAAACAUAGGUAUUGCUUGUAUCUAUUAUAGUUACUAUUCAGAAAUCUAUAACUAGAUAUAUUAUAUAUUUAUUCCUUAAAAUAUAUAUUGUCUGAAUGUACCUGUUAGAGAAGUAGGGUCUUUGCUUAGCAUGUAUUGCAAAUGUAGUAAGCUAAUGUUAGCAAAAGACCAAGCUUUGUUUGGCAGAUAUUACUGUGACAGCAUAAUCUCUGCACUUCUGUAUUGUUUAAUUUAUUUUCCAGUUGAAUGUUAAUAUGUUUUAGAGAGGAGGAAGUGUAAGUUGUUUCUUUUAAGACUCACACAUUAUUAUUUAAAUCAAUUUGAAAUUACAGUUCUGACUUUUUUUUAAUUAAAGGGAAUUGGAAUGUGCAAGCAAAAUCUGUAAAUUCUAAAGUUUACAUGUCUGCUUUUCCAAAGAAGAUAGUCAAAGCUAGAAGUCUAUAUAUGCCAUCUGCUUUCAAGAAAAUAAGAAAAUGGACCCCUAAAUCCUAAAAAAAAAAAAAGACCUUUUUACAUGCCUUCUAUGCUUCAUUAGAAAAGAUUUGGGGGAGAAAGGGAGGUUAGGGGAAAACCAUACAGUCCUUGCAUGUUGGAAACUGCUGAUGUCAGUAAAAGUUCAGUAAUGUAAGGAAAGGAAUGUACAAAUGGUCAGAAAUAGUGUUCUGGUUGUGAACUUGGAAUGAAGUCAGAAAAAAUUAAUAUAUUGGAGGGUCUGUUCUCAAACAGAGAGAUACAAAGCAAAACAGGAUAAAUUGGCAGUAUCAUAGCAUAUGUUAGAAACCAAAUGCAGGCUAGCCAACAGUUUUGACAGUGUUUUAUCAGUGUAAGUAGCCAUUGAAAGGAAAUUACUGUAUGUUUAAAACCAAACAGCAUGAAUUCAUCGAGAGAAGCCUUAUCUUAUACAGAGAGGUAAUUAUAUUCAGCAAUUAUCAGUGAGAAUAUCAGUUAAAACAGUGGAGCUUGAGAACUACCAGAACUGAAGAUGAAAUAUAUUGUAUUGUGCUCUGCACGGUGUCUUUUUAUACUUAAUAAAAAUUGUAUGUACCUAUUUUAAAACUGUUCUCAAACAGGCAUUGCUAUUAAUAUUGACGGUAUUUAAGUUGUUAUUAUGACUGCACAUAACUGUCAUGUAUCUCAUCAGUAUGAUUUGGAUUAGACUGAUAGCUGUAUUUUCAGAGACCAAGUAUAUUCAGAUUUAGUCAGCCCACUGUACUGCAUUUUUACAAACUGCCUCUCAACCUCCUUCCCUCCUCUUCCUCAAAAAAUUUGAGUGGAAUGUGCUGAUUAAUAAAUUUCAAUAAUAGACUGUCAUUCAUAUAGAGACUCAUAUAAAAUUCAUUUUCAUAUAUUAUUAUUCAAUAAAUUAUUUAUACACAUUAAAA